AUAUAUAUAGGAUAGGAUUUUAUAAUUGCUUUUGCUUUGUAUGAAGAAAUGGAUUUAUGGGUUAUUGCAGCAGCCGCCGGUGCUGGAUAUGUAGCCAAGAACUUGCAGAAUCUGUCUCUUGAUACCAAAGAAACCCUAAUUGGAUCUUCUUCUUCUUCUUCCUCCAAAUAUUCGUACAAUUUUCGAUCGGAAUCGAGGAAUCUCCUGCAGCAGUUGAGAGAUAGAACUUGCCCGUUACGCAGAUUAGAGCAAACGGUAGCUGCAGCUCGAGAUGACGUGGAUGAUCAUGAUCAGAUGACGACUGAUGUUAGGGACACGGAAUUUCGUGUAGCUUCGGAGAAAAAUAGGUUUGUCGAGGAUUAUAAUAGCAUCGGAUGGAUUUCCAGUUCGCCACCGAUGUUGUUCGAGCGUUUGGAAGUUGAAGAUGGUAAAAUUAGAAACCUCGGAAGCAAUUUCACUAGACCGGGAAAGCUGUCGUCUUCUUGUUUUGAAUCGGCUAAACCACCGUCGUUCCGUUACCAAGGAUCCGAUGCGAUGCUUCUUUUCGUUACUGGAAUGACUGUGGGGAUAAUGUCGGCCACUACAGCCUGGAAAAACGAAGUGGAAAAGUCGAAUAAGCAGCUGAACCAGAUGCAUAAUUUAGUUCAAGAUUUGCACGAAGAACUCGACAUGAAAGAUGUGCUAAUAGUGAAGGAGAUAACCGACGAGGAGUAUCUGCCCCCACAAGAAAACGACACCCCUCCGUCAAUUCACGAGCCAAUCACAUCUCCUUCCAACGUGGCAGAUGAAGAAGAUAGAAAAACGGAGAAUCUGAGCAAAAUAGAGGCAGAACUUGAAGCUGAACUGGAGAUGCUGGAAAAUAACUUGAAAAUAUAUGGUGUUUCUGAGAUCGAUCCAGUUUUCGAACCAGAUAUUGUUCGAGUUCAGCCUGUAAAUUACGCAGUUAACCCUUGGGAGCUGAGCUUGCGGCUCCACGAGCUGAUAGAAUCCAGGCUCGAAAAACGGAUCAACGAGCUAGAGACAGCUCUUGCUAAAACUCAAAACGGUGACAAAGUACUAGGUUCGCAAACCGUUGUUUUCCCUAAAAGGAUAUUCUCUUACAGCGAAACAGAAUCCUCAUCCACACACCAAAGUCCUGCAUGUAUAUGCUAUAUCGAUAAGGAUCAAGAAAACGAGGAAGGAGAUGGAGCACAGUUUUUCGAUAAGCAAAUAUCGACGAGAUUUAUGUCGAACGAGGAUUGUUCGAGUGAAGAUGAAGGCACCGAUGAAUCCGAAAUGCUUCUGAUAAAGCAGAUAGUUGAGAGGACGAAAUCUGGUUCCAGUUUCAAUCUGAAGAUCUGAUUGGUUAUAUAUAUAUAUAUAUAUAUAUAUAUAUAUACAGAAGAGUGUAAAUAAUUUACAUGUAAAGGUAUUGAGGGAUGUGAUUAAAACAAUACAAGAACAAAUUUCAUGACAAGAUAAAA